UUCCUAUACGGAUGCGCAUGUAAGAUGGCCCAAUCCUUCAUUAACAGCAAACUGCCCCGGUUUAUUACUGAAAAGGAAAUCGAGCUCCUCAAUGAUGAAAACCCAAGUUGGAACUAUUGUCUCUGUAAUUAAUGAUUAUUUGAUGCAUAUUAAUGAGUUUGAGGGUUGUGCCGUGGGGACGAUUUCCAAAAAAGAACUCGUUGGUGCGUUAAACCACAAGCCGGGGCGGACCCCAACAAUGUGUUUUUUGGCGUUGCGGAAAACCCAUCUGUCAAUUAUAGCGAGUUGGCGGAUAUAAUGCUACCCAUCCUUCCAGCACACAAAACCCUGCCUGUCAAACAUGCACUAGAAAUCAAUUCAAUAUCAUCGCCAAGCAAAAUGGCGCAUCACCCAAGAUUUCAAACACACAUGUGCGAGUAGGGAGUCGGGCUUGCUUGCGGAGCCAGAGUUGGAGCAGCAAAAAAGAAACCCGCACCAAGACUGGGAUAUAUGACCAAUGACGAGCUAAGGCAAAUACAAGGGCAGUUUAUCGAGCAGAAAAAACGCAGAGAGCAGCAGUACGCUAGAGAGCAAGAUGAUCUCAAACAAAGACAGGAUGCUCGAGAGCAAGAGGCCAUGCGCGAGCAGUUUAAAUUGAGCAGCCCCGCUUUGAAAUUUAAUAGCAAAGGCAGUGGCAAUAGCAGCAGCGCAUAUGAUCAGUCGUAUUUGUCGAAUACAGAGUUGAGACAGCAGAUGAGAGCACAUCCGUAUGCCAGGCAGCCAAGAAGUUUUAGCAGUCUCACUACAGUUACGUCCAACAAAAACCUGCUGUUUAAGCUUGCCGACCUGAGGGAUUUAGAGCAAUCAAAAUUAAAAGAGGGUUCUGGCUAUAAAUACAACGCUCUCAGAUCAGCAAGUAACAGCAAAAGUUCGACGGGUUACAUGUCGCAACCCCCCCUUCAUCUCCAGUUUCCCAUGCCAGAACCCGAGGAAUUCAGCAACCACGCUGCGUUUACUAAUGUGCCUUGUAGUCUACAAAGUAACCAAGGCAUGGUAUACACUGGCGCAAAUGGUUACGCAUCUCCAGAACGGAUAUCCGAGCCACUCGUGUCUGAGUAUAAUGCGUAUUCGAUCGCAACCGAUAUCCGAUCGCUGCUGGUCAGUUCUAACGACACUGACAAUGGCUCGUCUAAAAAUAUUACUAUUCAGCCAGACGUGUUUAACAAACUUGUGGACGAGGUUAUGAACACGAUGAAACAAAUGAGGAUGUGGCCCAUCAGAGUUUUAAUAACAGACAUUUGGUGGGGAUGUGUUUACUAUCAAAGCGGCAUUGACGCGCUGCUCGCUGCUACCAGGACCCUUUAAGUGUCAUGUACUUUUAAU